ACUGCUGGAGUUUGCAAGGGCAAGAAAUGAAAUAUUAAACCAAAUUUACCUCCUUGUACCCCACUUCUAUUGGCACUUUUGUUAUGUUCAUUUACAUUAUUGUUGCUUUUUUUUCUCUCUUUUUUUUUCCUUCCUCUCUUUUUCGCUUCAAGAUACUUUCAUUUUGUUGAGUUUUUAUUUAAAGAUAUCUCAAUACAAUACAAUAGAUCUCAUCCUCUAAUAGAUGACUAACUUUCUAAGUAAACUAACCAUACUAUACAAUUAACCUGUGAAAACAAACUUAAACUAAAAAUUACUAAGCGAUUACUUACUACACUUCAAUAACAUCCUCCCACUUUUAAACAACAAUAACAUAUUAUGAAGAUGGAAAUGUUGUUUCAAAGAAUAAAAUAUUUCUCUUGAUGAUUUAAUAGAAACUCCAAUGGAAUGGGGAAACAAUUGAAAAACAUGGUAGAAAAAAAAAAUGGGAUAAAACAAUCACUAUUUUUAAAAGUCAAAUGAUUAUUGAACGAGACCUAAAUAAUUUAAGUACAUGUCAAUAUGAGCAUAGGUCAACUAGUUUACCUCCAACUCCACAUGUUGAAAAGAAAAAUUGAGAACGUAAAUAGAAAUACAUAAAAUGUAAAGAUAAAAUAGAUUAAGUAUGGAAAAUAAUAUCAAUAAAUAAGGAAAAUCCAAAUAAUAUAGCCUUUAGUAUAGAAAGAAAUAUUUCAUUUUAAAUUGAUACUCCCCUAACAGAUUUAGUAGUUUUGUUUGGCCAAAAUGGUAGGCUUCAUUCUGCACUUGGAGUAUGUAACAGAAAUGCAUAUGAUUAUUCUAUCAUAAUAGGAAAAAGCUAGAGAAAUUAAUACUCUAAUUGGUUGAAGAAACAUUAAAAGGAAAGGAAAGGAAAGGAAAAGAGGUAUGUCACAUACAGCAUAUAAAAGGCGGUAUUGAGUUUGAGUCUUAGAUGUGGGCGUUGGAGUUAAAGUGCAGGAAAUUAAACUGAAAGAUUAAGAAGAGAAAGACAUGGCGGGAGAAGGAUGGAGAAAACUCACAGUUGUGUUGUUCAUCUUCCUAGCCCUUGCUUCUGGAUGGAUGGUGGUGGAGACGGAAGGAAAGACUUGCUUCAAGCAGAGCCCGUCGUUCAGGGGACAGUGUACUUCAAACAAUGAAUGUGUUGGAGCUUGUGAUAACGACAUGUGGUACAACGGAUAUUGCUCCAAUGGUUUAUGUAUUUGUGCCGUCCAUUGCUGAAUCUGUCCCCAUGUUAUGUAAAUGUGAUCGGAUCUGGGAUUGACCAAAGUUGACAUGCUAUCUUUGAAUAAAUCAGCUGUUGAUUGCUGCUACUCAACUCCAUU